CCGAUCUCAGCAGCUCUGUGAAAAAUCGAAAUGGGUGGCGCGUUACAACUGAUUCCCUUCUGUUGCUUGUUCCCCCCACUCAGGGUAGAGUUUGAAUAGAUAUUUCAACAAAGUGCAAGCACCGGGAGCGCAUUCGACUUCAUUAACAUUUGUCCAAGUAGGUUGUUAGUUUACGAGUCAGUGAUGUGAGAGUGUGCCGAGUGAUGUAUGAUAUUGCCAAGAUUGAUGAAAUUCAAAUUUUUUACCGCUGUCUUCUUGUCAUCUCUGAACUACGUACCAGAAUCCACCUCGGCUCCGCGUGCGCCGCUGGUGUGGUAGUAGUACUUAUUAAAGCCCAGCAGGAGGUCGACGUCAACGCCAGCUCCUGCGACAGUAAAAAAUCUGUAUCAUCAUGGCAUCAUCUUCUUCACAAGCAAACAACACCGCGACCACCACCUCGAUGAGCAACAGCCUGCGGGGGGCGUUCGCCCCACCGGGGGUGUCCAAGCAAAAGGACGACGCGAAAAAGUGGUUUGACACCACCGGGCUGGAUGGCUACCUUUCCGCACUCUGCACCAAGCUCGCCGAGGAAAAGCCGAAAGACCCGCAGGCGUUCAUGCUGCGGCACUUGGUACAGCACUGCUCGCUGUCGCAGCUCGAGGAAGCGGGGCUGACGAAGAUAGAACAACCUCCCGGGACGACGAUUCUAGACCAAGCCGGCGCGGCUGAGGAAAAGUAGGAAGUAGGGCACUUCUUCGUCUCUCGAUAAGAGUUGUCGACGCUUGUUGCGCAGAUUGUUCGAGUGCUUCAGGCGAAUGUUCACUCAAACUAGUACAAAUGUUGCACAAGAAAUUGCUCCACUCCAGGCGAAUCCAAAGGAACUGGUACGCAGCGGGUCUUGAUGCAAUAAGGCCAGAGCUGAACAUUUUUUAGAACGUCUGGACGCACGAAUCGCUGGUUCUGGAAUUGUUACCGGGGCAAAAGGAGCUAAAUUCCUCGGUUUUUCUACAAAGAGGAACAAGUACAAGUUCGUUGAAAAAUACAAUUCUGGUGGUGCGUCUUCCUGGCAGCGUGACCACCUUUUUCGUCUCCCAU